CCGAGCUCGUGUUCUUCGCGGGAGGAUAAUCGCGAGACAUGGAUAUUGUUGCACCACCUGCGAGAUGGAGGUCCGAGUCACAAGAGAUUGGGGGUUUCUAUAAGUUUUUGAAGGCAGAGGUUGAGAGACUUAACGAGGCAGAGAAUAAUCUGAGCACGCAGGCAAUGAGGCAGACCAAUUUAAUUUUGAGGGAGGACGUCAGUCCGAAUCCAUACAUCCAAAAGAUGUAUUUCGAGCACCAGAUGAAGAAGAGACUUGGAGACUCCAAGUAUCCUCAAGCAUUUAGACCCUCGGAACCACGUCUUCAAUUCCCAUCAGCAGUAUGGGGCUCUUCUGUAAAGCCUGAGAAAGACGAAGUCGCAGAACGUUGCUCGUCUCGGGCGACCGAGGACUCACGAACUGAGAGCAGAGUGGAGUCACAGUCGGGUUCUCAUCUUUCAGGUCCGGCUUUGGAAGAGAUUGGAUCACCGAAGCCUGCUAGAUAUAAGUUGCCAGAACCGGAGCCAAUCAGCUACAGGAUUCCAGAGAAGAAAAGCAACAGUGGACCAUUAGACUUUGGACGACCAAAGAGCAACAACAAUGGUCCAGUGCAAAGCAGCAAUUUUGGACGAUCGCAGGGCAGAAACAACGGGCAGAGCAACAGCAAUGGGCCAUUGCAACGCAGCAGCUUGGGACGAGCGCAGAGUAGCAGCAACGGAAGAGCGCAGGGCACUAGCAACAACAACGAGCGACCGCAGAGCUUUAACACUGGACGCAUUAACCAUGGAAGAUCUUCACAGAGCAACAACAACAACAACAACAUCAGCAACGACAGGAGCACCCCAAGCAAUGGCGAUGAUUCAAGGCGACUGGACAGAAUGAAUGCUUUCAGGGAAUUCAGCGGCGAUGAUGAAUAUGGAAAAUCUGGCAUUUUUUAUAAGGUCGGUCGGUCAAGAUCAGGCGCUCGGUUUUAUGGUUGAGGUUUUGCCGGAGAAGAAACAGUCCAGGAGAGACGAGAACAGGACGCUAUGGCCGUGGAAGUUUUGUCCACUGGCACUUAUGAACUAGAACACAGGGAGGUGGAGUAUCCGUUUUGCGAGAACACGAACUUUUCUUCUCGUUGCUAUCAAUACGACUAUAGUUUGAGAGAUUUCAUUUUCCUGGACAAGCUCCAAAUUCGUUUGGAAGCUAUCGUCGCGUCUUUCCGAUCCAUGUCGAGCGAAAACUUCUGUUUGAGCGCGCGCAAUGAAGCCGGUCGGUCAGCUCCAGAUUUUUAUGAACCGUGGCGCUUGGUAAGUUUAGUUCUUUCUAUAAGCCAUCGAAUCAAAUUCGCGAUCUAUUUUUCUUUCCAUCUCCAGAUCUAUUCGAGCACCGAAAGCUCAUUUUUUUGGUUUC